CUCCACUCCCUGACUCUCCUCGUAGAAGACAGCCUCCCCUUUGAUAUUGUUCUGGGAAUGGAUUGGGGAGAGGCAGCCGGGGCCACGCUCCAUUUGAAGGAGCACGAGUGUAGGCUCCCUAGUUCGUCAGGCGAGGCCAAGACUGCCCGCCUGUUCCAUGUGUCAGGGGUAGAGAAUUCCUUAGCGCACUGCUGCCUUAGUGCCCCCGCGUUCGCCAGACUGAUGAAGAAGGAGGGAUUGGAGGAACAGGACUUUGUUGCCUAUGUUAGGCCAGUGACGGAGCCUACAGAGGAGAAGCCGAUGGACCCCGCGAUUGCCAAGCUGCUGGAAGAGUUUAAGGAUUUGACUGAGCCGCCGACAGGCACGGUGCCGCGGCCCAUCCAGCACCGUAUUGAGAUAGAGCCUGGCAGUAGGACUCCUAGGGGUGCUGUGUAUAGGAUGUCCCCGCGGGAGUUAGAGGAGCUUCGCAAACAGUUAGACGAGCUCCUCGAGAAGGGUUGGAUUAGGCCCAGUUCGUCUCCUUUCGGAGCACUUGUCCUCUUUGUUCCUAAGAAAGAGGGAGAGUUGAGAAUGUGCAUAGACUAUAGGGGUCUGAAUGCUAUUACAGUGAAAAAUGAUGAGCCACUGCCGAGGAUAGACGAUCUCUUAGACCGAGUGCAGGGGGCCAAGUAUUUCUCUAAGAUAGAUUUAAAGUCCGGAUAUCAUCAGAUAGAGGUACACCCUGAUGAUCAGUAUAAGACAGCCUUCCGGACUAGGUACGGGCAUUACGAGUUUAAUGUGAUGCCCUUUGGACUAACCAAUGCGCCAGCUACGUUCCAGCGCUGUAUGAACGAUUUGUUUAGGCCGUGGUUAGACAGAUUUGUUGUAGUUUACCUAGAUGAUAUCCUAGUGUUUAGCCGGACCCUUGAAGAGCAUCAGGGUCAUCUCAGGCAGGUCUUGGAGAAGUUGAGGGAAGCUAACUUCAAGAUCAAUGCAAAGAAGUGCGAUUGGGCGAAGACCCAAGUUUUGUAUUUAGGCCACGUCUUAGACGGAGACGGCGUUAAGCCAGAGGAUAGCAAGAUCGCAGCGAUUAGAGAUUGGCCCACACCACGUACGCUGACAGAGUUGCGCUCGUUCCUGGGCCUAGCUAAUUACUAUAGGAAGUUCGUGAGGAACUUCUCCACCAUCGCUGCGGCCCCUUCGCAGAUUGCUGAGAAAAGAGACAAUCUGGAAGUGGGACAAGAACUGCACGUCUAAAAAAUUAAAGCAGGCGUUGAUAGAGUAUCCAGUCCUUAAGGUCGCUGAUCCGUCCUUGCCUUUUGUCGU